AUGGACUAUCUUCCGGGCCUCGCUUAUCUCAACUACCCUAACGCCUUGCGUCCAAUCUUCAGUAACCUUCCUGAAUCUAUCUGUGCUAAGUGGAACAAGUAUGUCGUAGAACACUCGUUACGAAGUUACGCUGCUUACCCACAAUUCUCAGGGUUUGCAUCGUUUAUGCAGAAGCAGUCGAGUCUGAAAAAUCACCCAAACGUCAUUGCUGGCUUCAAACGUGAAAGAAAGAAGGCCUUUCACAACACGGUUUUGUCUGGAUCAGUGGCCGAAGCUAAAGACUCACAAUAUUGUCAUUAUCACAACACGGACAGUCAUAACCUUGUAGAACACUAG